AGCGUACAUAUAAGCAUGGUUACCACCCGAGGGCAGAAUUAAGGCUACGUUUACUGAGCAAGGCACAGGCUCCUCCGCACGCAGACGCUUCAGCCACCAUGAAGACAGCAGGCGUGUUGCUGCUCUUUGCUCUAGCCUUUUGCUGCAUCCCAGAUAUUGAUGCACUGCAGGGCUACUGCAGCAACUACAUGAAACCCAGUCCUAUCUGUACUCUGGAGUACAACCCACACUGUGGGUCCGAUGGUGUAACAUACGGCAAUAAAUGCUUAUUCUGCAAUGCAUUCCUGAGAAGCCGUCAGACUCUUCAAUUGCAGUAUCUUCGAGAGUGUUAACUUCUCGACAGGCUUCAGCUCAGAAAGAGGAGUCCUCCCUGGCAAUGUUCCCCAUGGCUGAUGUUCCCCUAAAUCCCUGUCCUGAACCUUGAAUGCUCAUGAUGAAUCUUGAAACCUCUGCUUAAUAAAAAAAGCCAUUGGCAUUUUUGUCUUGCUUUAAUAA